AGAGGGAGAGAGAGAGAGAGAGAGAGAGAGAGAGAGAGAGAGUCUGCUGUGGUGGCGUUGGAAAUCGGACGACAUGAGCUCUACAUGAACCGUGUAAAAUGCUUUAAGACGCUUUCGGCGUUUGUCUUUCAUCCGUCUAAACCAAGGACGAGCCUGAAGCGGAGCUAUACACUUCACGACCAGGUGUAACACUGUCUCAAGCCUGAGGGGGGCAGAAUGCCAGAGCAGAGCAACGACUAUCGUGUGGUGGUGUUCGGGGCGGGAGGAGUGGGGAAGAGCUCCCUGGUCCUGCGCUUCGUGAAGGGCACCUUCAGGGACACCUACAUCCCAACAGUGGAGGACACCUACCGCCAGGUGAUCAGCUGUGACAAGAGUGUGUGCACCCUCCAGAUCACUGACACCACGGGGAGCCACCAGUUCCCUGCCAUGCAGCGCCUGUCCAUCUCUAAAGGCCACGCCUUCAUCCUGGUCUACUCCAUCACCAGCAAACAGUCCCUUGAGGAGCUCAAACCCAUUUACCAACAGGUCUUGGCCAUAAAGGGCAACGUAGAGGCCAUCCCCAUCAUGCUUGUGGGCAACAAGAGCGAUGAGACUCUGCGGGAGGUGGAGACCAAGGAUGGAGAAGCCCAGGCCAACCAGUGGAAGUGCGCCUUCAUGGAGACGUCAGCUAAGACCAACCACAACGUCACCGAGCUCUUCCAGGAGCUCCUCAACCUGGACAAGAAGAGGAACAUGAGCCUCAACAUUGACGGCAAGCGCUCAGGGAAGCAGUCCCGUGCCGAGAGACUGAAGGGCAAAUGCAGUGUGAUGUAAAACCAGGAGCGGAGGAGGAAGGGAGGGAAGGUGGAGACAGAGAUGAGAGAGGAAAUAAGAAAAGAAGGGAAAUAAGGAAGAUAAGAGAAAGGAGAGACUCACUAUCAGUCAGACAGAGCUAAAGGACUGGAAUGCAAAGGAAAUCUCAUCUUCACAUCCUCCUCCUGCAGACUGGUGCGUUCACAAACACAACCCAGCAGUUAUUUUGAAAUCAUACAGGAUUUGAGUUUGGACCUUCACAUCCAUGUGCAUCCUGGUGAAAGGAAAUAUGAGGGACUGAUGCAGAAAAUGGGGGAAGCGAUUAAUUACCUGUGUCAGAAAAACAGCAUGGGUGUGGAGUUCUGCAUCAUUUAAGUGUCACAAACUCUGCAAGAGGAGCUCAUUACAACCUGGGACUGCAUUAAAGAUCACUAUCUGCAGCACUGCUUGAUUUAGGACUCAAGGUUUCUGAUCAACAAAACACAUCCACGGUCCUCUCUCACUUCUACGCAUCCCUCCCUCCCUGCUCAGCUCACUCUCCAACACCCUCCUCGUCAUCCCAGCAACCUCAUUCUUUGCCUAUAAAAAAAUAGAGAAACGUGAUGUGUGUGUAACAGAGUCGACAGUGUAAUUUAAGCUCACCUAUCUGGUAGAAACACUAUUUUAAGAGACUGGUGUGUCCGUCACGCUCAAAAGCACAGGACCCCAGAGGGUUUGAGACUGCUAGCAUGAGCGACACGCAUUACAGCAGCAAAAACAUUCAACUCAACUGAGGACUCUGAUGUACAUAAACAUGGGAUAUUCCAACAUAUUCCAACUGAUCGACACAUACCCCACCCAAACUACUAAAUCAGUCCAAGGGUAGAAGUUCAAGGCGUCAAGUGCUGAAAUGUGUGUCUAGAGGACAAACUUCUCAUCCCUUCUGAAAGAUAAAGACUGAUUUAGCUAGCUGUCAAUAUGCUAUAAACCCAUCUGCAAACUCUCUAAGUGAAGCUACCAAUUCAAUGCAACAAUCCUUUUAAGACUCAUCUAGUGUAGAAUAACUCUGGAAUAAAAAGAAGCUCAUCAAAGCUCGAUAUGGGAAAACAAGUCUGCCUUGUCGACGAGGACGAUACACUCGGAUAAUCAUUGCCAAGCUGGUACGACGAAAGAGAACUGGGGUGAUUGUUUUGUUCUGAGGUCGAGAAUGUCUGUUUGCUUUGGCACUUUUCAUCACACCUUUCUCUUCUUUGCCUUUUUUCGUGUUUGUUUGCCUGAUGUUGUUUUUAAAAUCCAUGUAAGAGAAGAAGAGAAAAUCCACCUUAAACAAAAAGCACACAAAGAAAGAUAAGUAACGAGAUGGAUGUAUAAUCUGCUCCAUACGACCUGAAUCUGUAGUUCUGGUUCAUUACUGGUUGCUUUGGUCACAUUUCCUCUCAUGUGCUUGAGCAGGAAACAGAAUGAGUCAUACACACAUACAUUUACACACACACACACACACACACACACAGCAUGUGCUCUAAUGCAUUCAUGCAGGAGUCAAACAAAAAAAAGAAAAGGUCAAUCUGAGUUACAUGAAGAUAAACAGGGCUAAGUCAGCCUAAAUGCCCUCACAUUGCACUUUAUUUCAUAAACACACACACACACACACACACACACACACACACUCACACACACUCACACACACACUCACACUCACACACACACACACACACACACACACACACACACACACACACACACACACACACACAGCAGUAAUUUGUCAUGAGUUUGCCUACUUUAUGUAUCACUGACAUCAAUUUAACACAACAUAUCCUCCUGUUUCCACUGAAUAUCUUUAGUGUACGUCCAAAGUGCAUGUUAACACCUUUUUUUUCAUGCAGGAGCUCUGAAAAAUUGUACACACUGUACACAUGACAGCCAAAAGCACAAUACUUUUUUACCAACAUAUCUAUUUGUAUAGUUUAUUUGUUCCUUUUUUGUAUAUUGUUUGCGAUUUUCACCUUGAACGUUCAUCAUUUAGUGCUGAAAUGGACGAACAAUCCCAUCAUGAACAUCGGUAGCUCUCUGUCUCGUAAAGUGUUUUAUUUGUCCAGUAUGUGGCACAAUGAGGUUGUGGUUCUGCUGAACAAACAGGGUAUCGUGAUGUGACGGCUUAUCUGCGGACGUGAAGUGUGUAAAUGUGACCUGACCCCUCCACCCCACCCCUACAUUAGGACACAGAGGAGGAGUCAGAUUAUUUGUCUCCAUCUCUCAGGCGGUUUUAACUACAAUUUGGGUGGAGGAUAAUCUGCUCCUGUACCGUUUUAAAACCCAAAGACACAGAUGAUGCCCCCUUUUAAAUGUGUAUCCACCUCUCUGGAAACAAAACAAAAACAAAAGUAAAAGCACAGCAACUGUUUUCAUCUGUCUCUCUGUCCUUUGUGUGCAGCAGAACCAACAACUGGGCACUUUAGGGUGACAUUUUACUUGAAGACUUGCUUCUUUUAUUAGCUGGCACUAUGUCAGAGCUCUCUUGCAUUGUUCACACCCCCACAAAACCACAUAAAAAAAUGUAGUUUGUGUAAAUAAGCAUAUGAUAGAAGAAUUAAAUGUUUAUAAGAGCUUCAAGUAAGAUGUUACCCAUGUAAAGAAAAUCUAUACCUGGGAUUAAGUCCUGUUACAGUAGGAGAUUUGGUGUUGCAAUGUACUGUAAUACACAGCUAAUAAUGUUGAUCAUGAUAUAUGUAACUGUAUUUGACACACCCACAAUUCAGAUCUAUCAGAUAAUAAUAGCAAAAUGUGAAUAUGUAACUAAAGGUUCAACUCCAUGGCUCUUCUUUUUUUCAUUUUCUAUUUUGCUGAAUGACUCUGUUGUUAUUGACGUGUUGUACUUUGCACUAAUGUGAGGUCCUGUUAACUCAAAAACGUGCAUUGUAAACGUACCCUUUACCUGUUAGACACCAGGGAUGCACACUCAGACUCUUUCAUUUUCUCUUUUCAUUUAUAGAAUUACUGAAAAUAUUAGGCUUUUAAGACAUCAGAAGAAUGGAGGGAUUUCACUCAUGUACCUACCUAAUGUGUCCAUCUGAAGCUGGAACAUUUAUCAGGCAGCUCGGCUCUGAUCUGAUGUGUAGCUACCUGCAGCAGCGGUGGUGGUGCACGCGCUGCAUAAAUAUCAGCCUGGUUGCUUCAUGCAAACGCCAGAUUGUGAGCGCAUGUUUGUGCAAUCUGUUGUUCGGGAGACUGAUGUCAUCCGUGUUCCUGUGUGGAAUCUGAUACAGCAGAGAGGCGGAAAAAACAAUGAGACGAGAUACAGGAGCAGUGUGGACAACAAGCUGGGGUGAGUGAGGGAGUUCUGCUAUUUUUAGAAAUGGUGUGAAAGUAUGAGGUGUAACCGCACAAACAGAGGACUGUGUAGGAUUGAAAUGCUUGCAUGCAGAGAGGUGUGUAGGAAAGUGUGUGUGUGAGCACCCGCUGAGUUGGGUUUGUGAGUUGAAUACUAGCAUGAAUCAGGACAGACACCUCUGCCCCAGUCCACCUAUCACUAGUCUCAUCUUGUUUUUCAAUAUACCAUAUUCGCUGCUGCUGCUGUCUGUGUGUUUGUGUACGUAUGACAAUGAAUGCAUCCAUGUUUGAGCAGAAUCAGCCACCUAUUCGCAUCACUUCACUCCAACCUGCACAAGUGGGUAUGUGCAUGUGUGUAUGAGUGUGCUGUUGUGCCCUCCAUUAAAAUGUCUGUCAAAUGUUUGAUGCUUUCCUGUGGAGAAUGCCUACACAUUUCUGCAUGAGUCAUCCCUCACUGCUCACACUCACACACACACCCACACCUAUAUACACAUAUCCACACUAGCAUAUAAAACAGGCAUGGAGGCAAAAUAGACAGACUGCAUGCCUUUAGCUGCACACACACAAACACACUUGUACACACAUUUUACAUUCACACAGGCCUCAUUCUCUCUGUGGCAGUUUUCUCUGCUCUGCGCCGUUUCUCAGUCUCCACUGUAAGCACUACCUUUCACAAAUCAGCCGUCCACCCCCUGAAAUUUUGAGUGUCUUUCAUAUUCACCCCCGUCAUUUUUUGUUUGUUUUUGCGUGUGUGUUUGUGAGUCGGUUGCUCUUGAACAGACUGGAGGCGGCUCACAUCUGAUUGUAGAUAGUUGUAAAUAGUGUGUAAAGGACUUCAUAUUUCAGAGAUAAGAGAGGAGAGAGUGAAGAGGAAAGGAAGCAGAGGUAGGAGGGUGCAGUCACCUGCGUUUUCUUCUUCUAAACAAAAGUGGCCAAUUAGUGGUAACAAAGCAAAAGUUUGAGUUUGAUGCCAACUUCAGAAGCUGUCAGUCAUCAAAACGUUGAGAUUUAUCCAAAGAAUUUGAUAUUUUUUCUGCUGCUAGAAAAAUGAAUAACUGACUUUUAAUGUUUGAAUCUAUGGAAGCCCAGAGUGUUCAGUAUCAGAAUAAAAAAUGAGGUGCUGUUACAUGAAAAAUGAUAUGACUGCAUGCAGACAAUUAUAUUUGACACAGUUUUUAUCACUAACAAAAUGUUAAUUCAUGUUUGUUUUUACUCUACAAUGCUACUGCAGCCACUUCUUAUCACUCAGUCUUUGUCUGUCAAUCAAACAAACAGGCCAGAGCCAGUUUUGUGACUGACUGUCUACUUAAUCGGACUAAAGCAGCAGCCAAUUACAUAACAGACUGCUGCUUUGUUCUGGUGAAAAGUAGCACUGUAAAACAAAGAGUGGCUGAGAAAAAGAAGUUUUUAUAGAAGACAUUUUAAAGGAUAUUUGGAACUGCAUCAACCAAAUCAUGAUGGUCUGAGAAAUGUUAAAAUACUUCAGAUUUAUACAGUUUACACUUUAAGGUUUGAUAUUAUCUAAUCCAUUUUUUAAAUAGUUAUACUUAUCUUGUUUAAUACUGAACAUUGUGGGUAUUCAUAAAGAUCUACAUAGACAGCAAUAGUCCCAAAUUUAAAUUUCGACCAGGCGAGUGUCUCCUCAGUCGCACAGAGUGUUGUGCACUAGAGUUAGCGUGGUUCACAUGUGUUCUUCAAUAGCAGGAUGACAAACAUGACCCUGAAACCUUGAAAGAUAGGGCAGUGAGUGCAAACUAAAAACACAGCAAAGGUUGUGGUUUUUCUUGUCUGACUGGUACAUUCCAUAAACUCAUUUGUACCAACAAGGGCAGGCUACAGUCCAACCGAGUCAAGCUCGGAGGCAGAAGAUCUAAAGGGAAUCAGUGUUUGAGGAUGAGUGGAAACUGACCCCUUAACCUCUCCGGCUCACCCCUUUACAUCUGCUCUGAUCGCCUCAGAUCCUUACAAGCUGUUUUUUUUGUGCAGACGAGGCAUAAAGUGGGGCAUAUAGACUUUGUGGAUAAUGUAGUUUGGUACUAUCCUGUCGCUCUGGCCCUUCAUUCCUGCAUGGUCCCUAUUGGUGUUCCAGCCAGCAUGAGAACAAGGACACAAACUGUGAAUCAUCUUUGUAUUUUUUAAAUAAAUUCCUCAGCAGAGUUUACCGCUUCAGUUUUGCAAAUGGUUCAUUUCUUUUAAGCACUUGUUGUUUUUUGUAAAUGGUUCUGUUGUUUUUUUUCUGUUGGGACAUUUUUGAUUUCACCAAUUAUAUUGUAUAGAUAUUUAUUCUAGCAAUAGUCUUCCUAUUAAGAUAUACUGUGCUGAUGCAUCCUCUGAAUAACUGAAAAUAACAUAUAUAAAUAUAUAUAUAGAUGAUAAUAAUAAUCAAAUCUGCAAAAUGAUUUUCCUAAUAAAAACGUGA